AUGUCUUCUUCCGUUGACCCGCGACCAGAAACACAAGAACAACCUCUGGACUUAACAAAAAAGUCCUGUAUUCCUCAAACGCAACCUGCCACUUACUACGUUUAUUCCCACCUACCGAGGCAGCCUUCAUAUGAAUAUAUUUACCAAGCACCGUACACCGUGCCAUCGCCAUUAAUUACGCCACCAGAAACCGCCAACAGGCCGUCAUCGUCAGUGCAGUGCAGUGAUACUGAAUCAUUGGCUGAGGAUGUAGAAUAUCUAGAAUUUGAGAGGGACGCUCUACAUGCGAUGGCGGAGAGGAAUGGCGGGAGAUUGCUGAGUGACAACCCGCGCAUGCGUCGAGCCGUUCAAGGUAGUGGUGAAGGCGAUGACACUUACAGGAAACAGAGGGAAAGGAACAAUGUGGCGGCUAAACAGAGCAGAGACAGAAGGAAGUUGAGGGAGAUGCGGCUCACUCUGCAGGUGACGUUUUUGAAAAAAAAGUUACGCCAAAUGAAAGCAAGAGAAAAAUUACUGUGCGGGAGAUGUCGUGUACAGGUAAUUCCGAAUUCGAUCUAA